AUGGUUUCUAAAGCCAAAGAGUUCGAUACGCUACUGAAAGAGGCUGCGAGUACAGCAUGCUCCGUCUUUCUCAGCGCGAAUAUGGCCACGGAAAAAAGAGCCCGCGAAGAUGUUUUCCGUGAUGCGUUUGUAGAGUACAUAAACGUUAAUGGGAAUCAGAGUGUUAAGGCAAUUGGGACGAAUUACCCCCAAGAAGCAGAUACAGGGGCGGAUGUGAUUAUCACAUUGCCAAAUAAGUCUGAGUUGCGGGGAGGUAAAGAUGUGAUAGUAUUCCUGCAAAUAAAGAGGCUCUACAUAGAUUAUAGAAGCUAUUGCUCUGCAAUAGCCUCGUACCGGGACAAGAAGGGUCAGCUAAACGAAACCAAAUGGGUUGCACGGGAAACGGAUUAUAAGUCAACCAUCGACUCGAAAGAUGAGGUGGAUUUCGAGAAGUGGAAAAUGGCUUCACCUUUCUUCAAUGCUACAUACCAAAGUAAGCAAUCAGGACAACACCAGGGUAAAUUUCAAGUCGUAAGGAUGGCAGAGAAGGUUAAGGAAAUAAACGUUAAGUGGCAAACAAAGGAAAAACCCGCGCCCGUUGCCACGGGAGGAUUCCUUUUAAUCCCAUCCCCGUGGCGGUUAGAGACAGACCCCACUUCUCAGGAAGAUGUGUGGACUAAGGAGCAAAAUACAGAUGUAAAGGUGGUAUCUUUAGACAAGUGCGCGGAAGUGUCAUGGCUGUCGGAUUCUGCGUGGAAGGAUUUGGAUGGUCCCAAGCUGAACAAGAUUUUGAAGUCAAGUGAAGGAAUUGCAGAAGUGUGUCGCUGGGGUAAUGAAGUAAUGAAUUGA